AUGGGAAUAUUAGCUGUUGCUUUAGUUUUGAUUGUGAUCAAAAAAUUGUACAAUUGGAUUCAAAUUAAGCUAGUCAAGCCAAACUUUGAAGGCAAGACUGUCUGGAUCACUGGCGCGUCAUCAGGUAUAGGAGAAUAACUUGCAAAAGAUUUUUCCAGAUUAGGAGCUUCAUUGAUCAUUUCUUCUAGAAAGAUUUAAGAUUUAGAAAAAGUAAAGAGCUAAUGCAAAGAUCCUUCUAAGGUCACUGUUUUACCUUUAGAUAUGAGUAAAACUAAAGAGGUUAUAAAGUAAACUGAAGAUUUCAUUAAGGAUCUUGAAAAGCAAAAUAAAAAACUUGAUAUUGUUAUCGAAAAUGCAGGAGUUUCUAUGAGAUCUGAAUUUAAGGAUUAUUCAUACGAAAAUCACGAAUACAUGACUAAUCUAAAUUACAAUGGACCUGUAGCUCAUGUCAAGGGUUUGUUGGAUCAUUUUAUAAGAAACAAAUCUGGUCAUAUCGUCUUGAUUAACAGUAUUGCUGGUCUCCUUUCUCCAGGCAUGAGAACCAGUUAUGUAGGAUCCAAGCAUGCAUUAAGAGGUUUCUUCGAUUCUCUUAGAGCUGAGGUUUCUGAAUUUAACAUUAAAGUUAGCUCAAUUUAUCCAGGGUAUGUCUAAACCAACGUAAGUGCAAAUGCUCUUUCAGGAGAAGCUGGAUAAUCAUUUGGUAAGACUGAUGGUAACAUUUAAGAAGGAGAAACAAUUGAAAAGUUUGCUGAACAAGCUAUGUUGGCAAUUUACAAACAAAAGAACGAUGCUGUUAUCACAAAGUCAAUCAAGCAUGAACUUGGUGUUUACAUGCGUAACGUCUCUUUUGAUUUAGUUCACUGGUUAACUCGCAAAAAUGUUUAAUAACAAAAAGAUGCUCUCAAGAAAGCAGUUUGA